AUGAAGAGGCCCAAGACGUUGGACAAGCUGAGUUCGUUGGAUUCUUGGGGUUGCAAAAGGUACUUGGAUGCAACCGAGUUGGCGUGCAGUUUGCCGAACAUGUGCAAGCUGUACAGCAGGGUUUUCCAGCAGGAUAGGUAUUUGUACACCUGUUCCGAGUGUCCGCAGAAGUACCCUUGGAUCAGGAAUGAAUUCGGAUUCGAUUGA